AUGUCCGUCAGCAAAAAUUUUCCAAACGAGAUGCGCGAUGAACUGUGGGCUCGUGCUGCGAAUAUUGGAUCACCAGCAGAGCGCGCUCAGUCAACAGAUCGAAGGAGCCAGGCAUCGCAAACUGGCGACCAAGACACGCGCCACAGGCAACCCCUCUCCCAAGGCGGUCGACCCCACAGUCAACAGCUCUGGGAGAACGGCAGCUCCGGUUGGGGAACGGUGGUGCAGGUGUUGUUGUGGAAAAUCGCUCACGCCACGAGGGCCAAGGCGGAGUGGCAGGGAUCGCAAGCGCGCGGAGAGGCAGCCAAGGGACACAUACAGCCGACGCGACGAGGCCCAGCACAGCCCCCAACAGAGGAAAAAAAAAAGGAUUAUUUUUCAAGCAAGAACGCCAGAAUGCGCAACGCGGGACUCGAGAUCAGGAGAAUGUGGCAGGAUACGGCCUUUGCGGCGGCUCCCACUUUGCCACAGGACGAGCUGGCUGGUCUUCCACGUUUCCACCAGCGGUGUCUUACCGGGCCAAGCAGGGCCACAGCCAGGAUAUGGAGCUGGCGGCGCCAAACGGUCGUUCCCUCAGCGCUCCCCACCCCGGCCUCCCGUCCCGACGGCCAGCAGUGGUGGAUACGGGCCAACGCAGAUCUGAAGAUUCGGGCGGUCCUAAUGACAGUGAUUGUCGCUGACUACAGCCUGGUGACAAGGAAAGGCCCUAUUACCCUGCACAGCGCGAUCGUGCUGGGGUCGAGGGCUCGUUGCUACGUCCACUCUGCGAGCUUAAACGCUGCCCGUGCGGGAGGCCCUAGCAGGCUACAACAUGUGGCGUCCGCCCAAGGCCAGAAGCGGUCCAAAUCUGCUGUUGCGAUCCCCCUUAUUUGGGGUGCUGAUCUCACACCGCAAGAUGCUGGUCUCCUCGCUAGUAUCAGAGGACUAUCCUGUCUCCUGCGUAAUAAUUCGAAAGGCCAUCGUCGUGUCACGAAUCACGGGCUGCGGGCCUCGUCAGGGCCUUCGAGAAGGGUUUUGGAAGGAUGUCAGCCUCCAGGAGGCGGCUAUAGCGUGCUAUCGCCCAUAGCCGGAGGCCCUGGGCCCUGGCCGCCAUCCAUGGGGUGCCGCGUAACCAGAUCGGGAUGCUGGACCCGCUCGCAAGGGGCUGGCGGCGAGUCGGGGACAGGGCUCCGUGCGCAACCUGCUGUGAUCGUACGUGCUGCUACGGAGGAGAGGAUGCAGAAAACGUCGAUUGACGAGACAUGCGUCUUGUCGCGUGGCAUUAAUUAUGUCGUGACAGCUCUCGCGAUUCUGCUGCCCAGUGUGCGAACGGCCGGAAUGCCUCUGGCACUACCUUCCUGA